AUGCCCGGUCUAGAUAGGGUCAUCAACGUAACUUCAUACAAUGCACACAGACAGUGGAUUCAGAACGACACCAUCAACUUUGAAUGGGUCACCGAUGCAAACCACACUACUGUCGAAAUCAUCAACCCUAAACCAUUUUAUAGGAUAGGGGAUAUCCUCCACAUUGGAAUUAUAGCGAGCGAUGGAAAAGGCAGGCGGAAGCAACAUGGAGGUGACUACUUUGAAGCAGUGUUAAAGAACAGUGAAAUCUACGGUAGCACAGCAGGUAGAAUCCAGGACCACGGAAACGGAGCGUACACUGUCACAUUUGUGCUAGGUUUCGCCGGGACUGUUACACCCAACGUACACCUCGUCCAUGUCAGUGAAGCGGUUCAACUUUUGAAAGAGUUUAGAAAAGUUCCUAACAAAAGGAAGUGGCUAUGCGGGUUCGAAACUGAAGGGAAAGAAUUGAAAAAAGGAUGCACGUACUUUGCUAACCAAUCCAUGUCUUUGGCCGACCAAUGUGACUUUUCAGCACCAAACACAAGUCGAAUGUGGUUCUGUGAAAAGCCUAAAGAUAUUCCAUGUGAAGCAAUAACUAAAUGCCAAGGAACUCCAUACAUUGAAGCAGUCGAUAGGAUGGUGUCUGCUGAACAACGAAAGCUUUUUAGAAGGUAA